CGUAGUUGUCCUGUCCUGCCACCAUGCCGGGGUUGCCAUGGUAAUAGUUGGUUACACGACUCGCUGGAUAAAACCAGGGAUGUGAUGAUUGUGAUGCUGGAGCAACCUGAAUUCCUCAACUUCCACUUCUACUGAACUCCAACAUGUUUUUUGACAGUAUGAUUGGAAAUUACACUUUCAUGAUGGACUGAUGCCAGGAUACAACAGUUUACUGACUACUAAAGAAGAUAACUGCACUACAUCAAUGUCCUCCUUACUAGAAGAGGACAUUACUGACCUUCAUUUAAGCCUCGAUUGUGGUGAUAAUGCAGUUAAAACGCAAAUCCUGCACAUUCCAGUGUGUGUUGGACCUAUGCCAAUCAAUGAAUAUGUUGCAUCUGACACCUUAUGUUUAAGCCGAAGAAACUUAAAAGACAUUGCAGAUCACAUUUUGAAGUCUGCUAGUUUAAAAAAUUUGUAUCUUGAAGGUAAUGAAAUAUCAAUGCUUCCUGAUACACUGUUCACCAGUUUGCCAAACUUGGUGUGGUUAGAUCUGCGAAAUAACCAAAUCACAUCCCUUCCUGUGGAAAUUGGUUUGCACAGAUGUCUGAAGACAUUAUUGCUAGAAGGGAAUCCUAUCAUGGAGCUUCCACUGGAAUUGGGCAAUGUGAUUUCUCUCAAGGCCCUAAGUCUGAGGCAUUGCCCCAUCAAGUUUCCACCCCAAGAGGUCAUGCAGCAGGGCCUCCAAUGCAUCCUCCAAUACCUGCGGGGUGCAAUGGCCAAACGACCGUUGCAGACAUGCCCCAAGUGCAGAAGCUAGAGUUGACAGACCUUGUGAAAUCCAGUAUGGAUGCCUGUGAAGAAAUGGUGGAUGAAGACGAACUGCGGAAAUUCAGAGAGCUAAGGCAGAAGAUGAUACAAAUGGAUAAGGCUGAAUUAGGCUUUACAGUCUCUCUUUCAUGCCUCCCAAGAACAUCAGAGAGUGUUAGAGACCAUAAGACCCACACCCUGCCCACCAUUAAAAGGGGAAAUGUAUUUCCUGAGCUCCCUUCGUUGGACAUGCAGUAUUGGAAGAGGUCAGAGGAGAGAACACUAGCUGCGAUGAGAGAGCUUAGGGAAAAACAAGCCAUUCUUGAGGAAAGAAGAAAAGGUCAAGAGCUCCUCAAGGAAUGGCGUACUCAUGCUAAGGUCAUGCAGGCAAAAAAAAUAUUAGAGCUCAAGCAGGAAAGGCUUGAGAGACAGAAGUUGAAAAAGAUAGCAUCAGGCUAUGUGGACACUCAGCUGAAGCUGUCCAAGUUGGAGACAGCGUCUGGCCUAGAUAACAAUGGAGCAUUCUGCCUUGAGUGUGCAGGAUCAAUCAUCCUGAAGUCGGGUGUCCACCUUGAGACCCCCCCACAGAUGAUAGAAAUUAAAGCUCCAUAUGCGACAGACGGUAGUGUUUCUGAACAUGGUGUGGUCAAGACCCUCAACUCCCCACCAAUGACGAUCCAGAAACAGAGAUCAACCAUGUCCUAUAAGGAGCACCAGGAAGUCAGGGAGGCCAGGGACAGAGAUUUUGAGCUGCGUAUCAGAAGCCAUGUUCAAAUGAUGCAGGAAAGACACAGAAGGCCAGGCGGUAACGCCCAAGAGGAGACAGAUGCAGCAAGGCGAGAAAUUGAGGAAGCCAAAGGGUUGCAGUCAGAACUCGCUCAGAUAAAACGGGACCAAGACAUUGAGUAUCGAUUCUUAGCAUUUACUGGGGAAAACUCACCAAGAUGCUAUGACAAAUAAACGUAUUAGUGUUCAAUAAGCCUAUACUGACAUAUAAAAUAGUUGCAGUAUUAAUUAAAUGUGAACAAGUACUACUACAGUGGGUGGAAUAAAGGCACCCUGCAAACAAGUUUAGUAAUUUACAAUGGUAUGCAAUAACCAAUAAUAAACAGCUCAGAUGUGUUC